UUUUUUUUCUCAUUGUAAAGAUGCUGAAGUCAUGUGUGGUUUGAGGCCGUAGGGGGGUGGGUUGUAUCUGUGCUUCCUUUGUGUGACUCAGAGACAUAUUGCUUUUGGCAACACUGGAUCAUACAGAGCUCAGUAUAGCCUUGCGAACCUGUUCACUGCGGAGAACACAAUGCCAGAGGAUUCCAAUAUGAGUUCACUGCUGGAGACAGGUGGCAUAAUCAUAGUGAACGGAGAUAUGUCAUGGUUGGACGGCAUAGAAGAUAUUUAUAACGACUCCUAUGUCUAUGACAAUUGUUGCGAGGGGGGUGAUGUGUGCGACCUGACGGAGGGCAUGGAUUUCGAGGCGCUGUUCAUCCCUGCGCUGUACUCUGUGGCCUUUGUUGUGGGCAUCCUGGGAAAUGGAGUGCUGCUGGGAGUUCUGGUUCAGAGCCGGAGGAGCUGGAGUGUGACAGACACCUUUAUCCUCCACCUGGGUGUGGCCGAUGUCCUGCUGCUGGUGACGCUGCCCCUCUGGGCUGCAGAGGCCGCUCAACGUCAUGGCUGGACAUUUGGUACUGGUCUCUGCAAGAUCACUGGGGCUGUUUUCACGAUCAACUUCUACUGUGGCAUCUUUCUGCUGGCCUGCAUCAGUCUGGACCGCUACCUGUCCAUCGUUCACGCCACCCAGAUGUACUCCCGUAGAAAGCCUUGGGUUGUUCAGGCCAGUUGCUUUGCAGUGUGGCUCUUCUCCUUCAUCCUCUCUAUCCCAGACUGGAUCUUUUUGGAUGCUGUGAAGGAUGACAGACGAAACAGAUCAGAGUGCAUUCGCAACUACUACAUUUUUGACCCUCUGUCAGUAGGUCUCUGGCGUCGGGCAUCGCGCCUGCUCUACCACACGGUGGGCUUUCUGCUGCCUUCAGCCGUCCUGAUCUUCUGCUACUCCUGCAUUCUGCGGCGGCUGCGGUGCGGCAGCCAGGGCCUCCAAAAGCAGAAAGCUUUCAGGGUCAUCGUGGCUGUGGUGGUGGUUUUCUUUCUCUGCUGGACGCCGUACAACAUCACGCUCAUGGUGGACACACUUCAUUCCAGCAACAGCAGCGAGCCCUGCGGAGUCAGAACAUCUCUGGAGAAAGCCAAGACUGUCACAUCCGCCGUGGGCUACCUCCACUGCAGCCUCAAUCCCAUCCUGUACGCCUUCGUGGGUGUGAAGUUCCGGCGUCAGCUCCUGGACAUCCUGAGGGCUCUGGGCUGCAAGAUAAGGACAAGCAUCAAACACCAGUCUGCUGCCAGCAGCAGGAGAGGCUCUGUUUGGUCUGACUCUGCGGACACCUCCAACUCUACUGCUAUCUGAGAGAGAGACAUUUAUCAACAGGCAUGUUAGUAAAAGCUCAAAAACUCACGUAACCAACAGAGACAGGAGCAACUGAGAAUCCAUUGCGUUUCCAUAUAUUUCCCAUGUUGUAUUACCUGUACCUUUCAACAUUUUGUUGUUCAUAUUGCAUUAAAAGCGGACCGUAAACAUGACCAUAUGGCCGCCAUACUGCGCCUCAAGGCCAUACACCUGUGCUUACAUAACGUUUUCCUUUUCUGAUUGCCAUGCAACAUUUUAUUAAACAUAAUUCAACACAACACGUGAUGAUGCAGUGAGUAUAUAUACUGUAAAUCAACAUUUCUGUUUACAUACAGACUUUUGAUUUACAUAUAUUUUGUACCAUUUCUUUUUCAUUAUACUAUUUUUUACUGUAUAUUUGAUCAUCUUUUUGUACAAGGAAUAUUGAAAUACAGAAUAAAAUGUUAUUUUCUGAACCAUUAA